AUGCUUUCCAGGAAGCUUCGACUCGUUGGAUCAUUCCUUCUCUUCCUCAGUGCUGCCACUGUUGUACCUGUUGUUCACGGCGCAGCUGUUAGCACGGGUGACCAGGUUUUAUCUCGAGAGACCGCUCCUCAUGGCGGUAUUGCAACAGAGGCUGCACCUUGCACGGAAAUCGGAAUCAACAUUCUCAAGCAAGGAGGGAAUGCAGCUGAUGCGAUCAUCGCGUCAGGUCUCUGUGUGGGAGUGAUAUCUGCUUACCAUUCGGGGAUCGGCGGAGGCGGAUUCAUGCUCGUCCGCUUCAACAAUGAUGAUGGCAGUCACGACUACGAGAUGAUCGAUUUCAGAGAAACGAUGCCUGCUGCGGGGAACGAAUACAUGUAUGUCAACAAUUCCGACCCGGACGCUUCGUUUUUGGGCGGUCUUUCAGUCGGUGUUCCGGGGGAUUUGCGUGGCUGGGAGACACUCCAUCAGCGACACGGGUCCCUGCCUUGGGAAGAUCUUUUCGUACCAGCCAUAAACCUCGCUCAAAAUGGAUUCGAAGUCAACAUUGACCUUGCUUCUGCUUUGCAAGGAUUGGACUUCAUUACGCAGGAUGCUAUCUGGGCCGAAACAUAUGCUCCCAAUGGUACUGUUCUUGUCGAAGGGGAUAUUUGCUAUCGCAAGAGAUAUGCCAAAACUCUGGAGAAGAUUGCCCAACAUGGUGCCGACGUCUUCUAUACGGGUGACAUUGCCAUUAACACUGCUUCAACUGUAUAUCAAAGUAACGGGAUUAUGACCACGGACGAUUUGGCUGGUUAUACAGCGAUUGUUCGUCAGCCUCGGAAUAUCACGUACCGCAAUACCAGGAUUUUUUCCACCGUAGCCCCGUCUAGUGGGACUGUGGUGCUUAGCGCGCUCAAAAUAUUCGAGGGUUUCGAUGGGAAUGUUUCAGACAGCGACCCCUCCAUCAAUCUAACUACUCAUCGACUAGUUGAAGCCACCCGCUUCGCAUAUGGACAGAGAACUGAAUACGGUGACCCGGCUUUCACCCCGAACGUCACUGAGCUUGAAGCGUACUUUCUCACUGAGGCUGUGGUAAAUGAAACUCGGAGCAAGAUUAUGGAUAACCAGACGUUCCCUGUGACUUAUUAUAAUCCAGAAAACUACCAAGUUCUCAUUGACAAUGGCACUUCACAUAUGGCAGUCAUUGAUAAAGAUGGGAUGGCGAUAUCUUUGACGACUACUGUUAACAACUUCUGGGGCUCAUAUCUAAUGACUUCGGAUGGAGUCAUUCUCAACGACGAGAUGGGUGACUUUUCUUCCCCGGGAGAGAUCAAUGAUUUCGGUUUCAGUGCUUCGCCGGCGAACUAUAUCGCUGGCGGAAAACGGCCACAGUCAUCAAUUGCUUCCUCGAUCGCAGAGGAUUUGGAGACGGGCGAUAUCAUCAUUGCGACAGGAAGUGCAGGUGGCAGUCGAAUUAUUACCGCCACUCUCCAGCACCUCUACCAUCAUAUAGAUCAAGGUCUCAACUCUACACUAUGUGUCCAUCAUUCUCGCUGGCACGACCAGCUUGAUGGUAACACGUAUUUCGAGUAUGCGUCGGAAAACGUUGGGAUUGCGGGUUAUGAUAAUGGUACAGUGGCGUACUUUAGAGAUAUGGGUUAUAAUAUCUCCUAUCAGAGUACGACGGGGUCUACGGCGCAUGUUGUUAUCCGCCAACCAAAUGGUACGAUUGAAGCAGCGAAUGAUCCUCGAAAAGCAGCUGGUGCUGGUUUGGCAUACUAG